GAGUAGUGACGCCGUGGCACAGAGGUACCAGGUUGUACUGUGCAGGCCCCAGUUGCUGCCUGAGCCUGUGAGCAGGACAAGGAGUGUGGGGCAGGUUGAAAGGUGGAGCCUUUCAGCAGCCACCACUGUUUGUGUUGGCCUUAAUUGAGUGGGAUCAAACCACACAACUGUGGGAAAACAUCUGUUCCUUGCCUUCGUGCAAACAGGUAUUUGCACCGAGAAGUAGCUUGCAGGGAACCUCACAUCAGUACCAGGUCAGCUUUAUUAGUAAUGAUAGUAGUGGCAGCAUUGUUACAGCCAUGGCAAAAGACGGAUUAAAGACUUAGCUGCCUCCCUAACAGUAGUGGUUAAUGUUUUAUUCCUUCAGUGUUCCUCUUUGGUAGUAUCCUCAAAACAGGGCUUUGAAGUGUGGAGCUGCUUAGGUAAAGCCUAGCUGUCGGACUCCUUAUGCGUAACAUAACAACAAGUUUUCAUAGGGGCUGCUUAUCUCUGCUGGGUAGUAAUGAAGAUGGUAAGGAGGGAAUCUUCAGGCUCUUUGAGCACCCACCCCUUGCCAGAAGGUGGCAGAUAAGCCAGUCUUGAGGCCUUUGCUGCAGAGUAUGCCCUCUUCUGUCUCUCUGGGCUCUGGUUUGAUUUUGCAAAGGAGGGCCUGACUUCCCCCAGUUUUGCUGUGCAGCAAGAGCAGGGUAGGCUCCACACUGCUGCCUGUGCAGCAUGGUCCAGGGCUGCUGCAGGGGAUGAGUGCCAGCAUCUGCCCAGGUGGGAGCUGACCCAGCCUCCCAGAUCUCUCUGCAGCAUCAGUCCUACAGGGCAGCACCCUGGCUCUUUAGUUGUUUGUGUGGUGGUUUUUUGGAGGAGGGGAGGUUGUGGUUUUUCUGAGAGGGUGAAAGAAAGCAGCCAUCAAUAGAGGUAUGGGAAUGGAUGCUUAGGGAAACCCACAGUGGCCCCAGGGACUGUGAGUCAGAAGGGAGGGAGGCCCUCAUUUCUGAUGGAUCACAGCAGGAAAGCAGUUUUGUUUCUCACACACAGUCCCAAGUGUGAUAUGCAGCAGCUGUUCUGUAAAGCUUCAUCUCCUUUGUCUCCUGCAGUCAUCUUGUUUGUUUUCCUUCUGUCUGGCUCUGCCUGUCCUAUUCUUUAAGAAACUGACUUCUUUCUGGCAGGGUUUGCCUUUACUGGCCUUUGUAUCUUUCAAGUGUUUCCCUUCCCUCUAGUUGUCUAGUUGUGAGUUUUUCUUUCUUCUCUGCUCUUAGCAGCUCAACCCUGCCGUUGUGGCCCCUUGUGUGCUCUCUGGGGAUGGUGACAGUGUGGAAGACCCUUGAUAUUUGGAGUCAAGGUCUUCUGUGGGCACAUCUGCUAGCCCAGGACUUGUGGUUUAUGAACAGAGAGAAGAAUAAAAGAAAGAAUCUAGGAGAGACUUACGGUGUUCCUGCAGGGAGCCAGGAUGAUCCACUUGUGAGGUGAAGAGCCAAGGGCUGGAGCUGAGACCAGAAGUGCUGCAAACCAGUGCCAUUUUUGUGCUGCUGUGAAGAGAUGCAUUGACUGUGCUCAGCUGGUGCUUAGCCAUAGUGGCUUGUGGUAGCAGCAAGUGUCCUUAGCACUGACUGGAUCAGCUGGUGGCAGGAACUGAUUUUGCAACAAUGAGAUGCCUCACGCACACACUGUUUAGGAGGUUGUCCUGUCUCUCACCUCAGUGCAUGCCAUGGAGGUGGAGUCAAAUCCUCAGUCCGAAGGAGUUGUCUCUGAGGCAGAGCUGCAGCGCAAGGCCUGGGGUCAUGACUGCCACCGAUGUGGUCAACUACUGGCAGAAGGUGUUUGAGACAAAUGGGAUCCCUGAAGCACGAGAAUCCAGUGAAUAUAUCGUGUCAUUUGUCCUAGGAGCAAAAACAUUUCAGAGCCUGAGUUCCAAAAGCCUCUGCACUCCGCUUACAGUAGCGCAGCAGGAGCAAAUCCAGCAGCUGAGCAACAAGCGACUAGAAAGAAUGCCGGUGCAGUAUAUACUUGGUGAGUGGGACUUUCAGGACCUGACUCUGAAGAUGAGACCCCCAGUAUUUAUUCCUCGGCCUGAAACAGAGGAUCUCAUCUCUCUUGUUGUGGAAGAAGAAUCUCUGAUGUACAAGAAGAAUUCAGGCCUCUGCUUCCCAGUUUCUGCCCCUCAUCCUGUGAUCCUGGAGAUUGGCUGUGGCUCUGGAGCAAUUGCUCUGAGUCUGUUGUGCAAACUGCCACAGAGCCGGGUGAUAGCCAUGGAUAAAGAGGAGGCUGCUGUGGAUCUCACCAGGGAGAACGCACAUAGGCUGCAGCUCCAGGAGAGGAUCCAUGUCCUCCACCAAGAUGUUUCAUACAGUUCUGCCAAGCAGCUGCUGCUCUGGGGCCCUGUAGACUUCAUAGUCAGUAACCCCCCGUAUGUUUUCCAUGAAGACAUGGCUUCCUUGGAUGCAGAAAUCCUCCGCUAUGAGGACCUUGAUGCACUGGAUGGGGGAGAUGAUGGAAUGAGAGUCAUUGAAACAAUUUUGGUUUUGGCUCCUUCUCUUCUGAAGGAUUCUGGGAGUGUAUUUCUGGAAGUUGAUCCCAGACACCCAAAUAUGGUGAAGGACUGGCUACAGGCACACCCCAAUUUACUACUUGUCCUCCGUGCUGUUCACAAGGACUUCUGUGGCAAGCCUAGGUUUCUACACAUCCAAAAACAAAGCAGGUGACAACUGUACCAGAAAUAACUCUUCCUGCAUCGUGCCUUUUACUGAAGAGAUUGUUGGGAACUCUGCAUGGCAAAACAAAACUCCACUUCAUGCAACGCUGGACAGUUUUAAGAUUCAGCUGGAGAGGGGGCUAAGUCUAGGCCAUGCUUUACUAAGAAAGGUUGGAGCAGAUGAUCCUUGAGUUCCCUUUCAACUUGGUAUUCUAUGAUAAUACAUUGGCUUCUCCAUGUAGUGACAGACCUGAUAACAGAAUUCAUUCAGAAAUGCAGAAGUUUAACAGAGUGUGUAGAAGUGUUUCACCUUCCUCUGGCAACUACGUGAAACUUUAUAGUUUGGUCUCUGAAGUGACUCACUAAUCUCACUACCUAAUGGAAGAGCUCAGACUCCAGAUACUUCAUUAAAAGCACAACUUCUCAAUAUGUCAGAUCACCCAUUUCACCUAAAAAGAACUUCACUUUUUUAUUGUGUUUCUUUGCCUGGAAAUAAGUUUGUGUAGAAGGUGACCAAAUUGGAUGAUAGGUCCAAACUCUGCUGCGUAUUGGUACAUGGAUUUGCAGCUAUAACAGGACAUGAGUAACCUGUCCAUUUCAAACUCAGUUCUAUUCCAAGAUCCUUAUGCUCUGGAGCAGAUCUGCAACAGCAAAACAGCUUUUGUUUCGCAGUCCUGCUGCGUGACAUACCAUUGAUGGAUCAGUGCACAUGUUACACCAUGUGAAUCUACAGCACCUGACACUUGAUGUAUGCUGCCAGAAACCGUCUAAACACUGUAAUAAAGAUAGUGCUUCAGAUCAGUGUCGUUACAAGAAUUGCAUUGCAGUUACAUUUUCAAACAUGCUGGCAGAUCUCAGUAAACAUCUGGCAUCUGCACAUUGCUUCUGAUAGUAAUAGAGAUGCCUAAUUUCUGUGUAAGGCCUUUAAGUGCCAGACUUUACAAGGAAGUCCAGAAUCACUACUCCAGUUUUGCAGAUGGAGAAGUUGAAAAACAGGAGGUGAAAUGGCUUGUACAGAAUUUGACAACAAGCUAAGUUUGGAGUAGGACCCAGUCUCUUGACAGCAGUGGUAAUAGCUGAGGUCUGUUUCUUUGGGAAGGAUGACUCAAGAGUAGGGCUGCCUGAAACAACAGUGAGAGAAGCCCCUGAAAUGGACAGUCCACAUCAUGACAUUAUAAAUAAUGGCAGGAUUAAAUUCAAGCUGCUGCUUGUUGUUGCUGCUGUUUCCAGUGUUACAAGCUCCCUUACUGAUCAUAGCUAGCCAGGGAAGGAAGGAAAGAAAGUAAAUGGAAUGAUCUGGUUCACCACUCUGGAUGGAAGCAGUUGCUGGGCCAGUGGAGGUGAGCACUGGGUAGGGUUGGAGGUAUCCAGGCAGUGCCCUCUGCUGUCUGUGCACCAGGAAGGUGCUAUCAGGUGCUCUGUCCAGGCUGAACUGCAAUACAUAGCCAAAAUAGUAGGAGAUGUAUCAGCAAACUGGAUCUGUUUGGGAGGCUGCAGCAGGUUCAAAGGGCUUUACAUGAGCACUGAUAGAUCUGGUCCCUUCCUCACACUCACACUCUGCACUCUUUCAUUUGCUCUUUAACUCUUGAACAUUGGCCCUGCUUUUCCACAGAGACCCAAACUCUUUCUGAUGUACCAGUGCUCAGGUCUCUGACUGGAUCCUUUGCCCACUCUUAGGGCUUUUACAGCUCUAUUCACACAGUGGCCUUUUACCCAUCGUACCACUCACACUGUGUUUAUUGUCCCCACCACUCUGUGCACGUCAGACCCAGUAGUUCUCCACAUCCCACACACUUUAUUUGGAGUUAUGAGCCUUUGUUAAAGGCAGUGGAGGAAAUCUAGGGGGGGAGAGAACUAAAACAAGUUCUGUUAAAAUGCACAUGCUUCUAGGUUUAGAAAUAAAGUUCCAGGCCAGCUGAUUUCUGGCAGGUUUGCCUGUUAGAGCUGAGAGUACAAAUGCAGUCAAAAAGGUGGUUUUGUUUGGGGAUUUUUAGGGGUUUAUUUUUUAAAUAGUAGUUUUGGGUCCUUUUUUAAGACCAGUUUGUCAGACUUGGUCUAAAAAUUGAAAGAGCUGCGUUCACAGAUUUCCUGUGGGUGUUAGCAAUGUUUAUGUAUGAAACAGCAACAUGCACAGCUUCUGCUGCGUGGUUUACUGGCUUGUGAGAGUGUGAAACAGCAUCAUGUUGCAUUCUUCAAGGGGUAGGCUGAUUCCCUCCAGGAGGCUGGAGUUAGAUGUCCCUCUUGGUGGCUGGGCUGCAGAAAGCAGUGUGCUUUUCUGGGAAGCAUCAGUCACUUUUCCAAGCUCUGAGCAGCCCACUUUCCCUGUGAGACAGACUAUUGGUCUAAUCCAGUAGGACAAGUGUUAAAUUCCUAUAUGUAUAGCUGAAGCACUAAUAAAAAUGCUUGCAUUUCUGUGG